AUGGGUUACGAUAGUUCUCCCACUGCCAAUGCAUCUACUGAAGAUGGCGAUCGUGCCUUGGCUUGGACCAACAUGAAUCCUUUGUGGCCACCGCAGAACCUGCAGCCUAGUACUCAUGCUGCGAUCCAGAACGGUCAGCUUGCUCUACUGAAAGCGCCGUCGUAUCUGGGCGAUUUACUCCCUCAACCUCAAGCAGGCCACUGGCGUUGUCGCACCCAUGCGAACUGCAGGGAUUCCAGUAUUCUCACAAAUCUGCCCAUGUACAGCGUGUUUUGGGACUCACCGCUCAACACACAACGCUCCAAGACUGUCUACUUCGAACUCAAAGUCCUUGGAAUCGGUCGCGGUGGCUUCUCAUUCUCGGAAGCAGACGCCGGUAUCGCGAUAGGCUUCGUCGCGCCGCCUUAUCCUACGUUCCGUCUCCCAGGUUGGGAGCGUGCCAGUCUUGGAGUGCAUGGUGAUGAUGGAAGAAAGUACGUCAACGAUGCAUGGGGCGGUAUCGACUUCACCUCGGCUUUCAAGCCCGGGGAUACUGUAGGUAUCGGUAUCACCUUCUCGGUUCCGCGCAACCCACCAUCAUACGAGCAGUCGCAACAAGGAAGGAUGUUGGAUAUCGACGUGUUUUUCACGCGUAAUGGAGUAAAGGAAGGUGGCUGGGAUGGCAAUGAGGAGCUCGACGUGCGAAGCGAGGGGGGCAAUACUGGCCUGAGGGGCGAGUGCGACCUAUUUCCGGCGAUUGGCGUGUUUGGCGGUGUGGAUUUCGAUGUCUUCUUUCAUCCAUCGCAGUGGCUAUACCGCCCAUACUGA